AUGCCGUCGGGCACCUGGCUGGGGCGGAUCCGAGAUAAGCUGGUCGAGGAUGCGGACCUGCGCCUGGACGGCGAGUAUGGUUCGGAUCUGAUAGACGGCGUCAAGGUGCUUCAGAGUAUCUUGGCGAUGCGCGCAGAAAGCCGCAUCAGCGACGAGAAAACGCGGCAGGCGGUCCAGAUUAUCGCCUCGGACACGAUCGACUUUGCGGGGGCGCACGCUGCGCAAGAAGCACUGCUGCACGGCGCGGUGAAGUGGGUGAAGGAUGCGCCGCCAGAGGCGCUGAGUGCACUGUCGUGCGCCGUAUACCUUGUUCCGAGCACGCUCAACCGCCGUGGCGACGCACUGGCCCCAGGCGCGGUGCCGUCGGCUGUGUGGCUGAUUCUGCGUCGCAUCCGCAUCGCCGAGGAGGAAAAGGACCUUGUGAUGGCACUCGAGUGCCUUGCGCAGCUCGCCCAGCGCAAUGCCAAGGACCUCGCUGCGUACUGGCCAGACCUCCUCUCGCCCCAGAAUCCGGUGCUCUGCACGCUGCUCGGCGCCACCGGCGAGGUACAGACCGCCGCAUGCCGCGCGCUCCAGGUGAUCCUCGAAUACGGCCAGGGAUUCUGGGCCAUGGCGCGCGAGCCGGCCCAGAAAAGCGCCUUCCUCACCCACUCGGAGCGCCUCGCGGCGAUGCUCGACCAUGUGCGGCGCACACUCGCGAGCAUGCUUAGCGAGGAGCGCACGCUCGAGCCUCUGCUCGACCUGGUGCGCACGCUUGUUCUCACGACCGAACACGUGUCUUUGGCCACGUCCCAUGCCGCGAUCCUCUGGGGGCCGGUCGUACAGUGCAGUGAGAGCAAGUCGCCCGAGGUCGCGCUGCGCGCGUACGCGGCCGUGGCCGUGCUGCAUCCGGACGACGACAUCCACCCUUCAUUUUCAGAGCUUGCGCCGAGUGCCGUCGAGGCGCUCAUUGCGCUCCUCUCGCGCAACGACCGCACCACUGCGCUGUACGGGCCCCGGGCCUGGUCGCUCCUCGCCGUGUUCCUUGCGCGUACCGACAUGCCGGUGCCGAUCGAGAUCCCGUCGCUCGUCUCGCGCGACGUCUCUGCGCCGGACGACACGGUGCGACGCGGCGCGAUCGAGAUGCUAGCGGGCCUCGCGCGCCUCGGGCAGCGCACGGCCAGCAUGCCGACGAUGCGGCAGAUGCUCCCGAAACUCGUCGCGAACGCCGCGCGCGACACGUCCGUCGAGGUGCGCAUGGCGGUCUGCGCGCUGUGGGCCGACUUUGACCUGUGCCUCGCGCCGUCGACGCCGCUGCACCUCGCCCACUUGCACGUUCUGACGCGCGACAAUGCCGCCGAGGUGCGCGCCGCGGCCGUGCGUGCUGUCGGCGUGCGCAUCGAGCACAUCGUCGCGCACGGCAGCGACGACGACGUCGAGUCCCUUCUCCUCUGCUUUACCUAUGAAACCAUGACACGUCUGCUGCACGCACGCAAACCACACGGACUCAUGCACGACCAGGACCUCAACGUACGUGUGUGUGCGGCGUGGACAAUGGCAAACUACGCAGCGCUCCUCGCGCGCGCCCCGCCGCGCUCCUCGCAGGGCCGCGCGCUGCUCACCGCUGCGACCGCGCUGCCGCGCGACGAAAAAGAGGCCGUGCACGCAGUGCGUGCGCUCGGCACGCUCCUGGCGGUCGGUGCGCGGAAUGCGUGGUUCGAGUGCGAGCACGGCUCGCGGCGUGGCUCAGUAUCGUCCGUGUCGUCGUCGCCGACGCCCGACUCGACGCUCGCGCCGGCCACACCACUCAGUCCGCCGCAGAGCCCCGAAGUCAAGGCGCAGAGCGACGGCCUUGCGCCGCCGCCGGUCGACGUUCCUUUGUCGACCCUGUAUACCCGCGGCAUCGAUGCCGCCUGCCAGGCGCUUGCGGGCCGCUCGCCCAAGCUGCGCUGGAACGCCGCGUCGUCGCUCAUGAAGGCGCUUGACGCGGCGUGCGCCGCGUCGCUCGACGGCGUCGAUCACUCGGUCGAGGUCGGCGUCGCGGCGCUUGCGCGUGCGCUCAACGACCGCACGUUCAAGGUACAGCGCAUCGCCGCGCAGGCACUGGUCGACCUGCUCCAGGCGCCCCACGCCCCUGUCCUCUCGGAGCGCAGCGCGGCGACACUCGAGGAGCAUACCCAGAAAGCGCGGCGCAACCUCGAUGCGCGCGUGCGCAGAGCGUCCUUUGCCGAGGCACAGAUGCAUACACGUGCGUGCCGCACGGCGCUGGAUGCGCUCGACGCGCUGCUCCACGGCGACGCGCCGCAGCUGCGUGUCGAGUCGGUGGACGACAUGCCCGGCGUCGCCGGUGUAGAGGACGUGCUGGCGGAUAUGUCUUUAGGGUAG